CACAUAUAGAGACGCCUUUUAGUAUUGAGACAAAAACCAAGACCAGUACGUUACCGUUUUGCCUUGUAGACGGGCAAAAAACCCACACCUACAUAUCAUCACAAAAAGCCAUCUCAAUCGCUUCCACGUGGCACCGCGUUUUCCCUCUGCAGUCGACGGCGUUUACCAGUCUUCUGUUUCAACCAUUUCGCUUGUUCAUCAUUUUAGUCAGCUUUUUUCUUCAGCAAAGCAGCCCUGAAACCCCAAAACCUAGUCUCCUCCAUUUCCCCGCUCAAUUUUAUCGGGAAAGUUACAGAAAACUCGAAGUAGUUAAGGUGGUGUCUUCUGGGUGAAGAUUUUCUUUUAACUGUUUUGUCGGUGAUCUUUUCAGUUCGAUUAAAGUUGUAGGGGGUUUAAAGUUUAGAUGGAUUUGGUUCUCUAUGCAUCACAUACCACGAAUUUUCAACCGUAGCAAGCGAGAAAAAUCCAUGGAUCCGAAGAAGAACCCUAGGAAGCCGAGGCUUGAGCGCCGCAAUGCUGCGAAGCACAUUGAUUACGAAGCUUCCACGUCUUCUUCGUCGAUGGAGUCGACGCCGUCGCCGUCGCUCCACACUCGAUCGAUGGAUUUGUCGGACAAGAUGAGCUUCCGUGUCGAGGGAAUUGACGGCGAGUUCGACGUAAUAUGCCGGACCUUGGGGCUUUCGGGUAUCGAGGAUUUCGCUAUCCCGUCGGCGGCAUGGGAGGCUCGGAAGAUCCGAUCGAUCUCCGAUAUUCUACCUAGGUCCAGGCUUAAUCGGUUAGAUAGUUUGAGUGGUUCAGCCAGGGAGGAACUGAAGGAUGAGGUUAUUCAAGCUGUGGCCGAAUUGAAAGAUAGGGUCGUCGGUAGCGUUAGAAUUAGGGGUGGUAAUAAUGAGUUGCCUCAGGCUGAUCUUGCCGAGUCCCGUGGUUGUUGUGUUGCUAACGAUGGAGCGUGCGAUGGUGAUUUCAUCGGUGGUGGUGGUGGUGGGGGAGGAGGCGGAGGAGGAGGAAUUAAGGGUGUUCGGCCGCCGGUGCUUAAGCCUCCUCCUUCGAUGAGGCUUCCGGUGAUUGAUAAGACGUGCUCGACUUGGGACAUUCUGAGGGACUUUGCGCCCGAUGAAGAAACAUCACCUGCGCAACUUCUCCAUAAAACGUAUAAUUCUUCCGAUGAAGAAGAAGAAAAAGAAGAAGAAAAGCACCACCCAAGAGAAGAAAACCUCCAAGAAGAAGAAUCACAUCAAGAAGAAGAACAAGUCCACACGGAAGAAGUUGUUAGGCAAAGAGAGGAGUCUGCGGUGAGGCUUCCGGAGAAUGCGUUACUCUCCGAGUCGUGUUCGUUCACUACGUCCAAUGACGACGACUCUUCUAGCAGUACCACAGAGCCCACGUCGAAUAUUUCGCCGAAUGCGAGAUUAAGGCCCAUCAUCACGUAUUGGGAAAAGGGCGAUCUUCUGGGUCGCGGAUCGUUUGGAUCUGUUUAUGAAGGAAUAACUGAUGAUGGGUACUUUUUUGCUGUGAAGGAGGUUUCCUUGCUUGAUCAGGGAAGUCAAGGAAAGCAAAGUGUUUAUCAACUUGAGCAGGAGAUUGCACUGUUAAGCCAGUUUGAACAUGAAAACAUUGUUCAAUAUUUGGGCACUGAUAAGGAUGAAUCAAAACUUUAUAUUUUUCUAGAACUUGUAACUAAGGGUUCUCUGCAAAGUCUUUAUCAGAAGUAUAACCUUCGAGAUUCACAAGUUUCUGCCUACACAAGACAGAUACUGCAUGGUCUGAAGUAUCUCCAUGACCGAAAUGUGGUUCACAGGGAUAUUAAAUGUGCAAAUAUAUUGGUCUCUGCCAGUGGAUCCGUUAAGCUUGCAGAUUUUGGGUUGGCUAAGGCAACCAAAUUGAAUGAUGUUCACUCUUCCAAGGGGACUGCAUGCUGGAUGGCACCUGAGGUUGUUAAUAGGAGGAAUCAAGGAUAUGGGCUGCCGGCUGAUAUAUGGAGCCUGGGAUGCACUGUGUUGGAGAUGUUAACCAGACAGAUCCCGUACUCUGAUUUGGAGUGGAUGCAGGCAAUAUUUCGAAUAGGAAAGGGUGUGCUACCUUCUGUUCCUGAUUCUCUCUCGAAAGAUGCACGGGAUUUUAUCUUGCAGUGCUUGAAAGUUAAUCCAAAUGAUCGUCCUACUGCUUGUCAGCUGUUAGACCACCCAUUUGUGAAGAGACGUCUUUCCUCAUCUUCUGGCUCUGCGUCUCCUUACCAUUUUGGGGGGCGGAGUUAAAAAUUAUCCUGGCUUAGGUGUGAUUGCUACUUGCUCCAUUCUUCAUUAGGUGUGAAGAAGAAUUUCAUCAAUGUUGUAGCAUCCUCAAUUUUUCACUGGGUGCCGUGUCUGCCAGCAAAUUAAUCCUUUGCAUUCAUGGAACACUUGAUGGGGAAAAAAAAAAAAAAAAAUUGUGUGAUAACUUGCAUCAACUUUGAAGCAUUGGUAAAAAUGUGGGCGGUGUUGAUCUGCGACUCUUCCGAAGACAAGCAUCCUCAUCCUCUGUUCAGUGUAGUUCAUUGCUAUUGAAGUCCUGCGCUGAGAGCAAAUUGCUCUUUGAUAUAUUCUAUCUUCAUUUUUGUCUGCUGUUUUAGAAAAGAUGAUUUCUCCGAGGUUAGAAUUGGUUUUUAAAAAAAGCAAAUAGCUUUUUUUUUCAAAAGUUAAAUUAUUUAGUGGGUGCAAGCUUCUAGGGUCAGGGCCAGGUGGUGUUGUAAUUGCUGCAAGAAUUGAAGAGAGCCACGUUUGUAUAUAUGUUGUUGUUGUCCAAAUGCAAUGAUCUGAUUUAUAUUUU